UGUGAAGCAGGGUGCCAUGUUUCCAUGAGUUGUCUUUUUUUCUGCUUUAUAAAAUCAAUUUAUUUUAAAUAUUGACAACUCAAAACUAGCUGACUAUUAUUAUAUUAGCCACAUUCCUUGUCUCUUGGUAUAUAAUAUUAUAUAUACGGGUCUAAUAUUAACGUGCCAAGACUUUUAUUGCAGCCCUUGUGAUCUGAAUUUUCGGUUGAAUUUGUAGACGCAAGAACACAAAAAAUGGGUGGAUUUGAUGAUUGUAAAGCAGUGAUAGCAAUGGUUUUAUUGCAGUUUAUUUAUGGAGGAGUUGCUCUGUGGACUAGAGCUGCUUUAGUACGAGGAUUGAAUCCAAGGGUGUUUGUUGUCUACAGACAAGCCCUAGCCACUCUGGUCAUGGCACCUCUUGCUGUUUUUUCAAUGAGGAAAAAAUCUUAUAUAUCCAUGGGAUUUAAGGGUUUUGCUUGGAUAUUUCUUGCUUCUAUUCUUGGAAUUACUGCCAACCAAAAUGCUUACUUUCAAGGUCUGUUGUUAACUUCUUCAACUGCAACAACGGCAAUGACUAAUAUGAUGCCUGCUAUCACUUUUGUAAUGGCAACCGUUUUAGGAAUGGAGAAAUUAAAUAUGAGGAGGUUGAGAAGUAUUGCCAAAAUUAUAGGCACCUUAAUUUGUGUAAGUGGAGCAAUUGCCAUGGCAUUACUGAAAGGCCCUAAAAUAUUAAAUUCGACAUUGCUUCAUCAGCAAUUUUUCUUAAGCUAUCAAGCUGAUAACUGGUUGGUGGGAUGCAUACUUCUCUUUGGAUCUAGUUGUUUCUGGUCACUUUGGAUUAUUUUGCAGGUGCCAAUUUCAGCAAGUUGUCCAGACCAUUUAUAUUCAUCUGCUUUGAUGGCUUUCAUGGCUACAAUUGAGUCAGCAAUUGUUACACUUUAUUUUGAAAAAGAUGUUACAGCUUGGAAGUUGAAUUCAUACCUUGAACUGGGUUGUUGUUUAUAUGCGGGAACUGCAAUGGCGGCGUCGUUUUUUAUUCAAGCAUGGGUCGUUAGUCAAAGAGGUCCUUUAUUUGUUGCAAUGUUCAAUCCUUUAUGCACCGUUAUAGUGGCCAUUAUAGCAGCUAUAUUUUUCCAUGAGGAAACAUAUCUUGGGAGCUUGAUUGGUGCUUUAGGUGUGAUAAUUGGCCUAUAUAUGGUGCUGUGGGGUAAAGCAAAAGAGCUUGAAGAAAGUAACAAGAAUUUACACUCCAAACUCCAAAAUGAUGAUUCAAGAAUUGCACAAAUUGAAUCUUUAGAUGAUAAAAAUUGUAUAUCUGAUUUGGAAGAGCCACUUAUUUCUAAUAGAUAUGGUAAUUAUGUUGAUUAAAAUAGUGACAUUCCUUAAAUUAAAUCCUAAAUCUUAGAUCAUGCUGAUUACGCACAUUUACAACCUCUUGCAGAAUUCAUGAUUAGUGCUGACAAGUUAAUUAUAAGAUCAGAUUUUGGUUAUAGUUAAGUUGUGCUACCAGAAGAUUUGUAGAAAAAGAAAGAAAUAAUCUCCUUUAAUUUGGUUGUAAGAAUUUUUGGAUGGUAUAUAUGUUGUA